AUGGUAUCAGAGCCAAUUAUGGAUGAAUCCUUCAAUACCAGCCAAACCACUCCUCCAAACCCAUUGCCAAACACCAUUCCUGCACAACCAAACACCAAUUCGUCAGGAGCUGCCUUUCACAAACCAACACAGCCCACCAGUCCUUAUUACAUUGGCAGCAGCGAUGGCUCAGGUGCCAUGCUCGUCACACACACCUUGGACUCCAACAACUAUUAUUCUUGGGCCAGAUCUAUGAAAAGGGCUUUGCGAAUCAAGAACAAGCUCGGGUUCAUUGAUGGUACUAUUUGUGAGCCUUAUGACCCCAAUGAUCCUCUAUUGGAACACUGGCCGAGGUGCAAUGAUAUUGUGAUCGCAUGGAUGCAGAACACAAUGGCAGUUGACAUCAACUCUAGCACUACAUAUGCAGAAACUGCACAUCAACUUUGGCUGGAGCUGGAGCAAUGUUUUGCUCAGCAAAAUGCUCCAAGGAUUUUCGAAGUGAAAUAA